GCAACGUGCUCAGUAUUUAUAUUUUCAUUGUUUGGAUUUCUUUUUUUUCGCAGACGAAUUUUGCUUAGCUUGUUUUUUUGGUGAAUUUAUUACAUUAAACUUAAACAUUUGCUUAGCAAACACAUAAUUUUUGCCAAUUUUUUUAUGUUAUGCCUUUAGGAAUUAUUUAAUUUUUUUAAACGAGAGCUUUUUGAUUACAAGUAUGGGAAAACUUUUCCUUAGACAUAUUGGUGGAUCCAGAUUGUUUUUAUGUGCAAGCUGUGAAACUGUUCUCACAAAUCGGAGUGAACUUAUCAGUACAAGAUUUACUGGUGCCACUGGUCGAGCAUUUUUAUUCAAUCGAGUGGUGAACCUUGUUUAUAGUGAAGUACAAGAUCGGGUUAUGUUGACUGGUCGCCAUAUGGUACGAGAUGUCUCCUGUAAAUGUUGUGAUACGAAAUUAGGUUGGGUCUAUGAAUUUGCUACUGAAGAAAACCAACGCUACAAAGAGGGGCGUGUCAUAUUGGAAAGAGCGCUUGUUACUGAAAGCGAUGGUAUUGAAGAAAAAGUGUAAAGAAGUUUACUAUUGUGUUCUAGUCUAUCAUGACUAAGUUUUUAUGUGUACAAAUAUAUAAUGGUUUCAUUCCUAUUUAUUGUUUUACUAAUUUUUUUACACUCUUAGUAUUAUAUUUUUUGUACUGUCAUAAUAUUUUGUUUUGAUGUUGUGUAUUUUAAAAAUAAAACUACAACUUUUGAA